CAGUUGGCAGCGAACUUAGAACAGGUAGAGACGCACGUUCCGCCUGGAAAAUCGGUAGAGAAACGGAACAGGCUAGAAAGGAACAUAUAUUGGCCCCAAACUCCCCGACACACCGUAUUGGGAAAGCCGAACGCUGCUUUUUUUUGUUUUUGUAUUUUGGGGGUUCGGAAAACGUGCGUCGACGUCGACAGCGACUGAAAGACGGCGACUGAAACGGCGACGAUGUAAAAUUUUAUUACCCCAAACGCAUCGAGCAGUCGGGUUUUGGACGUCCGGACUUCACCGCCGCUCGCUGCGACGCAGACUUUUAUUGCAGCUGCCAUAUAGAGUGGGUACAUUCCAUGGUCUGGCCCGGAGAUCCCAAAAACUUUCUGAAGACGGACACAAACUUUUACCAGAGUGCGGCAUAAAAGUGCAAAAGUUUUUGUUCGCAGCGCCACGAACUAAAAGCAAAACUUCUCAGCCGCCGCGCAAAACCCCCUUCACAAAAAAAAAAAAAGAAAAACCUAAAAUAAAAACAAAGUAAAAACCAGUGCAAUGCAAACAAAAGCUCACAAAUAUAAUAAACAAAUACUAAAAAAGUGCGUGCUCUAAUUGACAUCAAGUAUACGUCCCGUUAGCCGGCUUCUGUUUACCAAAACAUUAAACAUUUCUCGAAGACAUUACCGCCGUCGCGUUGACAAAAACGGAGCCAAAGAGCCGGAAACACGGAAUAGCCACCGGGAAGAUGGCGCUUUCCAAGCGGCCCCUUACAAAGGACACGCCGUUGUCCGAAAGCAACGGCAACCACACCAAUGGCAAUGAUCACGAGACCUCCAUCAAACGGCGCAAGCGUUGCAGUCGCGACGAGGACUCCAACCUGAUCAAUAACAACAAUAAUAACAGCAAUAGCAACAACAACAACUUGCCGCAGAAGAAACGCAAACAGGGUGGCCAGGGCCACAUUGCAGACAGUCCGGAGAGCCCCACCUGCGGCACCCUGCCCACGCCAUUGGCCAAAUGCAACACGGAUGCGGAUCAGGACGAUGAGACCCUCAUCCGCGAAACGCAGGCGGCGCUAAAGAGCCUCUCGGGCAGUUGGCCCGACUCAAGGGGCAAUUUGUAUCGGCUGCAGGAGCAGGACGAGAAUCCACCGCCCUUCCAGAAUCUGUUCGAGGAGAAACAAAAGUAUGAGGCCAUCGGCAAUCCCAGCCAUGCCAUACAAGCCAGCUCAACAAAUCCAAAUCCCACACUCUUCUCACGUUUCCACAGACAAAAAGAGAACGACCAGGCGCGCCUAAACGCAGUCAGUGGUGUUGGUGGUGGUGGUGGUGUCGUCCAUCUGGAGGCACAGGCGCGCGGCAAAAAGUCGCCCGAUGAGGAUCAGGAUCCGGAACUGGAGGAUACCUCCUCCUCCGCCUCGGGACAAGGCGUUUACGCCCAAGCGGCGUCGGCCUUCAAGCCGCCCAUCGAUAUCAUCAAACGAAAUUAUGUUGCCGCCGCUCAUGCCCAUUAUAGUGCCUAUAAUGCGGCCGCUGCAGCGGAAUCUGCCGCCGGAUUGGCCUACUAUGGCUACGCCGCUGCCGCCGCCGCUAGUCAACAGCAACAGCAGCAGCAGCAACAACAUCAGCAGCAACAGCAGCAACAACAACUGAGUACCGCCUUCGAUAUUGCCAGUCAGCUGGGCGAGAAGCAGCGGCCCAAGGAGCCGAUGGCCGAUGGCAAGCAGUACACGAUCCUCCAGCCGGCGGGCAUCGGCAGUCGGGCUGCUUCUGUAAUGCAGGACAUAGCAUCGCGUGAGGGCGUUGUGGGCGUUCCGCUCGUGGCCACGCCACCAUCAACGGCGGCCGGCAGUCCGGCGGCAGCGGUACCAACGGCAGGACCGUCGACUCCUUCGACACCGGCACCUAGUUAUUCGCCGGGUAGCCAGAAUCGCGAUGGCGUCAAAUGCCCCACGCCGCAUUGUACGGGCCAAGGACAUGUCACCGGAUUGUAUUCGCACCAUCGCAGUUUGUCGGGUUGUCCGAAGCGCGAUAAAGUAACCACAGAAUUGCUGGCUUUGCACGAGCAGAUCCUGAAAUGCCCCACGCCCGGGUGCAAUGGUCGUGGCCACGUGCAGCCGCAUCGCAGCGUGCACCGCAGCCUCUCCGGCUGUCCGCGGGCGAUAAGGCGCUCGGGCGGAACCAGCCGCCGUCCGGGAGCAGCUCCACUAGCAGCAGCAGCAGCAGCCGAUCUGGACAAACAUGAGAAGGAGCUGCAUCCACUGGACAAACUGAAGCUGGCCUCCAAUCACUAUCUCAACAAUAAUAACAGCAACUGCAUCAACAAUAACAGCACAAAACUGAGCGGCCCCACAACGAUGCCGAUUAUCAAAUCGGAAUAUAGUCCUGUUGCCACCAUUAAAUCGGAGUAUAACAAGAGCCCCAUGCACUCAUAUCUCUCGGGGGAAGCGGCCGCGCCCGCCCCCGCCGCCCCUUCGUCAGCAUCCGCCGCCCAAGCGCCGCGUUCCGGAUCGGCAAGCGGUACCACAGCCUCCAAUGGAGAGAACAACCUGCAUGCACCGCAUCUCAGUCGCUUUGUGGGUCUACAGAGUCCGCCGCAUCAGCCACAUCUCAAUCCUCACGGGCAUCACCAGCAGCAGCAACAGCAACAACAGCAGCAACAGCAGCAACAGCAGCAGCAGCAACAGCAGCAGCAACAGCAACAUACGUUGCACCAGCAGAGAGGACCCUUCAUAGAGGGCAACGAUGUCCCAGAUCCUUCAGCCAAUUAUCACUCGGAACACCAGCAACAGCAGCAGCAGCAACAGCAGCAACAACAGCAGCAGCAGCAGGCCGACGAGCGGCAGCAGCAAUAUGAGCAAAUGCGGUAUGCCCAAAGUCAUGUCAGCGUGGGUCCAAGCGGUGAACUAAUGGCGCCCAACGGAGGAGAACUAUCGCCGGGCACGGCGAGAAGCGCCUACGAACCGCAUCCCGGGCAUCCGCAUCCGCAUCCCGGACAUCCACAUCCACAUCCGCCCGUCUCGCUGAGCUCGCUCAGCUCUCCAGCUUUUACGGUGGACGCUGUGACGGCAGCCAGUGGAGCGGGCUUUGAACGGUACGAUCCCAGCGGCGUCUGUUGUCCCAGCAACGGCCAGAGGGCCACUGCGGCAACAGCGGCGACGGCGGCGGGCGCUUCUGCGGCGGCGGCUGCCUAUCAUUAUCUGCCCCAAACCACCGACGAGAUGCAGGCCCAACAGCAGAAGUAUCUGCAGGAGCAGCAACUCAUGCUGGCCAAGGCAGAGCACGAGGAGUUGGCCAACGGUGGGCAGCCUCUUUAUCCGCGGCCCAUGUAUCACUAUGAUCCCACGAUGGGCCCUCUGCCGCCGGGCUUCUCGGCCAUUAAUCUGUCGGUUAAGAUGGCCGCUGCUCAGGCAGCAGCUGCAGCAGCAGCCUAUCAAAAUCAACAGCAGCAACAGCAGCAGCAGCAACAGCAGCAGCAACAGCAACACCACCAGCAACAGCAGCAACAACAGCAGCAGCAACAGCAACACGGCAAGCAGAGCAGCUCACCCGCACCCAAUGUGAGCGGUGUGCCGGCGGUGGAUCUCAGUGGUUCCACCUCGGUAACGAGCAGUAGUCCGCACGGUUUCAAUUCGCCAGCCUCGCACAACCAGUAUACCGCCCAGCGGAUGGGCAACGGCAGUCCGCAGCCUGGAGCCAGUCCAAACAUAGCUAGUCCCCAGGUGCCCAGUCCCCAGGGACAAACCUUGGACCUCAGCGUCACACGAUUACCCCACAGCAUUAUUACGAGCCCGCAGUACGGUGCCGAUGGCCUGGUGGUGGGUCAUGCUCAGGGCUUUGUGAGUGGAGCGACAGGACCUCUCGGUCCGGGCAAUGGUGGGCCACCACGAUCGCCGCAAAUGGAACCAGUGGACUUCAGCGGGCCUCCAAGACCCCUGGGCUUUGGUCUGGUGGGACACAUCAGCGGUCCACGACCAUACAGCCGCGAAUCCACGCCAGACAGCGGCGGAUCUCACUAUAUCGAAACGUAUCGGGAUCCCAGUGGCUACUCACCGCACCCUGGCUAUGGGAUGGUGGUGCAAUCGGACUAUCCGCCUGCUGGAUACCACGGCUACGGCCCGGCUGCUUAUCAAUGCAGUAAUCCGUAUGCCACAGCCGUGGGCCCCGGCGGCUAUCCCACGCCCGUAUCCGGCGGAUACUCGCCCAGUCCGGCCACCUGCUACUCGAUGCCACCGCCACAACACAUACCGCAGCACGACAAGUCCAAGGACGGAUUGACGGGCUGCUCGCGCUCGGACCGCAACCAUCUACAGUCGCACUCGCAGGAGCUCAAGUGCCCCACGCCCGGAUGCGAUGGCUCCGGACACGUGACGGGCAACUACUCCUCACACCGCAGCCUAUCCGGCUGUCCAAGGGCUAACAAACCGAAGAGCAAGCCCCGCGAUGGCCAGGAUUCGGAACCCCUGCGCUGUCCCAUUCCGGGAUGCGAUGGAUCCGGCCAUUCCACCGGCAAGUUCCUCUCCCACAGAAGUGCUUCGGGCUGUCCGAUUGCCAAUCGGAACAAGAUGCGAGUCCUGGAAGCCGGUGGCACUGUGGAGCAGCACAAGGCCGCUGUGGCAGCUGCCACGGCCAUGAAGUUCGAUGCCUGCACCACGGUGGGAAGCCAGGGCAUUAAGAAGCCCAAGUUUGAUGAGGUCACCAUGGUCUAUCCAAAGGGUUAUACAGGCGGCAGCGGACUGGAUAUUGUCAUGGGUGGCGUAGGAAGCAGUGUCGGCGUGGGACUGGGUCUCAAUGUUGGCAUUGGGGUCACCAGCAGCAGUAGCAGCAGCAACACCGGUGGAAAUAACAACAGCAGCGGCAGUAGCAACACCGGCGGAACCGAGAAGAAUCCAUCUGGUGGGGGUCCCUCAUCGGGCGCCAAUGGCAGCGAUGACUUAAACACGCUGGAGGCCGAGAUUUCGGAACUUCAGCGGGAAAAUGCACGCGUUGAAUCGCAAAUGAUGCGGCUUAAGUCAGACAUCAAUGCCAUGGAGUCGCAGCUGAGCACCAGCGAUCGGGAGGCUUCUCCAUUGAGCGGUCAUCAGCAGCAACAACAGCGUUCCUCGGUGGCUUUGGCCUCGCCCAGUGGGCAAUCGCCAUUCGCCAGUGUCAGUUCCACCAGUGGUGCCAGCUCCUCGGUCAGUGGCGCCACCACAAACAGCAGCAACAAUAACAACAGCUCUGGAGGUGGAGGUGGCGGUGGCGGUGUCGGUGUCGGUGGCACCACCAAUGCCAACGAUCUCAAUCACUCGAUCAGCAAUUUGGCACCCAGUUCAGGCAGCAAUCCCAACCAGCCCAUGGAGGGCGUGGGAGCACCACCCAAUGCCAAUCUGAACAACUACUAUGAGAGCCUGAGGAAUAAUGUGAUCACGCUGCUGGAGCACGUGCGUCUGCCGCCACCACCACCACCGCCUGGUGCGGUCACGCCCAACUCGUCGGCAUCAUCGGUGGUUCAUGGACUGGAUAAUGUGUGUGGUGCCGGUGGCCAAUUGGUGACCGGUGGAUCGCUGGUGGGCGGGGAGCAUGCGACAGCGUACUCCACACUCCUGCCGCCGCCACCACCACCAUCGUCGGGCGGUGCCGGUGCUGGCGGUGGAAUGUACGGUGGUGGUGCUAAUGGAGCUACUGGUCUUCAUCAGGGCACUGGCUCCAGCAAUGGUGGAGGACUGGGAUCAAGCGGAGCCGUUGGACCGCCACCAGUGCCGCCCCAUCAUCAUCCCUACACGGUGCAUCAUCCCGUUAGCUACGCCCAUCCACAUGGUCAUCCGCAUGCACAUCCGCAUCCGCACGAGCACUUCGACUCGUAUAUCUCAAAACUGCAGUCGCUAUGCGUGCCUCCCGAUGUUUAUGCCCUUCCCGAAGAUGCGGACCGGCCCGUUUACAACUCAGUGAAGCCCACCAUGCACCAGGACUACGGCAAACUGAUGCCGACACCCAUCUAAGAACUCUGAGAAUCAAAAGCCCAGUACUGGUGACCCCAACAUAGAGCCACAUCCCGUCCAGGGCUCAAACACGUGUAAAUACUUAGGCACAAGCAAGAAGAAGUAGAAUGUAAGAGGAAAAACUGACGUUAUCCAUAGGCCUGACUUCAAGGCAGACUAUACAAAUUGAAAUUGGGACAGAGUGUCGGGGUCACCCGAACGUACUCGAUGCCCCAUUAGUAGAUACAUAAAGCUAAUUCUUAGGGAUAGACACCUAACCAUUUAGUUGGUUGGGCAAUGCUAGUUCCAGUCUUAGUAAUUAGUAAUUAGAACUGUUCCACAUCCUAGAUCCUAGACGCUUUCGUCGUGUGUUGAUAGCAAUGAUGUAUAAAACAAGAAUGCAAGAAUGCAAAACCGAACAUAAGUGUGUAAUUCGAUU